GAGGGGUAAUUACAUGUACUCGUGUUUCAAACUAAUGUGGAGACACGCUUAACAGCUCACUUUGAAAUUAGAGAACUUACCACUGGGAGCAUUUUAAUUUCCUUAUGUUCGAGUUGAAAGUUACAUAAUUAUAUGUAUUCUCGAAAAGAUGCCUAACUAAUUUGUCAAAGUUUGGAGGAAAAUGCCAAAAUGUCGCAUUGGAACAGAUCCUACUUCUUCGGAUUCGACGAGGAGUAUGGCUGGGGUAAUACCACAUACUUCUCUUAUUUCUCGGAAUUUAACAGACCUUGGAGUGGUCUCCCUUACUUGGAGGCAGUUGUGUUAAUCUUUCUUUUUCUGUUCUCUCUUUUGGGAAAUUGUUUUGCAUUUUAUCAAAUAAUGAAACUUAGGAGCACCCGAACUGUGACCAAUUACCUGAUUUGCAAUUUGGCUGUCGCAGACAUCCUUUUCUCCACCGGAAGUCCUUUGAUUGCGGCUGCGCGCAUUACUGGAACGUGGGUUCUUGGUUCAUUUAUUUGCAAAAUGCUGGUAUAUGUUCUAUUUAUCUGUGCAGCUGUGAUGAUCUGGACGAUGACAAUAAUUAGCAUCGACAGAUAUAUCUGCAUUUUCAAAACUUCUGUGAAAAGAGUCACCCCUAAAAUGGCAAUGUGUAGCAUAGUUAUUCUUUGGUUUCUGGCUUUCGUAGCAUUUAUUCCACUUGCCAUGUAUUUCAAUUUAAAAAGUUUUCCGUUCGGUACCACAAGCGUAAAUAUCUGUACCUUACUGUGGCCGAAUAAUCAACUAAUCCGUGUUUCAUUGAUAUUUACGAUCUGCAUCUGCAUCAUUGGAUUCGUGGUUCCACUCGGAAUACUGGUAUUUAAUUAUUUCCGAAUUUUGAAAAAAUUCAAAAAAUCCAGAAAUGCUGUAAUGACAAUAGCUACGAACAACACAACAAAAUCCAUAAAAUCUCGGGAGCAACGAGAUUUCAGAUUGGUGAAGAACCUCAUUUUGUUGGUUGUUUUGUUUCUUGUGAUGUGGCUGCCAAUUUUUAUCGUGUUUGUGUUGCUUCAGGCUGACGGUAUGGACGAUGAGAUGGAGGUCUCAUCACAGGCUUUCAUUGGGGCCUUAUGUGUGGCUCUUGGAAACGCUUGUGUGAAUCCAUUUUUGUAUGGCAUUAUGAAUGAAAAAGUGAAACGCAGAAUUAUUAAAUCUGUCUUUUCUCGGAAAAAGAAGAUGAAAAUAUCAACCAUUGACAGCAAAACUGCCACUGAAAACAGCAAAUUAGCUAAAAAUGGACCGAGCAUGACAUCGAGUACUUAAUGAGUAUGAAUUCAUAAUCAAGAUAAUUAAAGAAGAACACAGUGUAUCGCAAAUCAUGUCUAAUUUUUCGAAAUGAUCUGCAUGCAACUUACAUAGCUAUCAUUAAUUGCAUUCAUACAAAUGACUUACAUUGCUGUUGUUUAAAUGAUUGAGUAUAACUUAUGUAUUUAUUAUAUUAUCUAAUUUAUCGACAAUUUUCUUGUUUUAUAGACAAUCGUAAGGUAGACUCAGUACGUAAUGUAUGUUAAGCUCAAAUUAGCUGCAAGUCAUCAGUCUUCGUUAGCCAAGGGUUUCUGAUAUGCAUCUCUUCUCCUUCGUAAGUGGAGUAGCGGAUCAGAAAACUUGGCUAGCGAAGAUGGUUGGAAGUCUAUGUUGAGAAUGUUUUAAAGAGAAAACUUAUGUAUUUAUGUAAGUACAUGUAAGUACAUGUACAUGCAUUAUUUUGUGAAGUAAAAAACAUAAUUAUGAAAAAUCUUAUUCAGGAAACAUUCCCUAACAGAAAA